UUAUUUAAGAAGACCCAGCAGUGCUCUUCAUGUUCAGCAGAUCACAGGAACAGAGAAAAGCAGAAAAUCGCAUCUGCUCUCUCUGCCUCUCUUUCUCUCCCACUCUCAUAAUCAAAGAUUUCGUUUUGUUUGGAUUCAUCAACAUCAAGUGUUUGGUAUCUUUUUGUACAAUUCCAACAUGCCUCAUCAUCAUCGUCAUCAUCAUCAUCAUCAUGGAAUGGAGCAUCUGCUGGGGCUCCUGAAGAUCAAAGUUCUCAAGGGGCUCAACCUCGCCGUCAGGGAUGUCAACCUCAGGACCAGCGACCCUUAUGUUAUUGUCAAGAUGGGCUCUCAGAAACUGAAGACUCGGUUCGUUAAGAACAGCAUAAACCCGGAGUGGAACGAAGAGCUUACUCUCUCGAUUGAUGAUCCAAAACUCCCUAUCAAAGUGCUGGUGUACGACAAAGACACGUUCACGCUGGAUGAUAAGAUGGGGGAUGCAGAGUUCAACAUGGGACCGUUCCUGGAGGCCCAGAAGAUGCCCCUCGACAGGGUCACCAGUGGGACUGUGAUCUCCAAGGUCCAGCCGAGCCGGGAGAACUGCUACGCCGAGGAGAGCCCCAUCAUUUGGAAGGACGGGAAAGUCGUCCAGACCAUGGUGCUCAGGCUUCGAAACGUCGAGCGCGGAGAGGUGGAACUCGAGAUCCAUUGGGUCGAUAUUCCAGGCUCGAGGGGCCUGGCUAUGUAGAGCGCCCCCGGGUCACGACAAAGCCGAGCCAGUCCCUACGAGCAAUAGCAUAUAUGUGCAUCUCCCCUUUUUUUCUCAGACAGUUCCUUUUGCCAUGCUGUAGUGUACAGAGAAAGGUCCUGUCCAGCUGUCCCGGACUUGAAUGUAGUAUGGCGACGCUUGUGAAGAAGCGCCGCCUUAUGGUUCUUUCUAUGGUCUACGCAAAUGUUCUUUCUAUGAACAGAAGCACAGUUGCAAAAUUCCUUCUUGGUUGUGCUGUC